AUGGCGCUCUCGCUCGCCUUCGUCGCGCCCCCCGCGCCGACGGUCGUCCCCAACCCGGCCCUCCGCGCUGCUGCGCCGGAGCAGCCGCGUGCGGAGGGCGGCGCCGCGCUCGGCCCGGCCGCGGGCACCGUCGCCCUCGUGGCGGCCGCGGGCGCCGCGCUGGCGGGGGCCCGCCGCCGCGCCACGGCCAGGAGGGCGAUCACCGAUCUGAACAGCGAUUACAUCCGCGAUUACCCCGUUUACGAGAACGGCGUCAACUUCAUCAACAAGAACGGCGGUGCCACGGCGGUGCCCGGCAGCGAGAAGGCCCUGAAGACCAUGGUGGGCGCCGGCCCAGAGAUCAACGACGGCGAGAUCUGGGACCCGCUCGGCUUCUCCAAGCUGUACGACAGAAAUUUCGACUUCAACAUGGUCAUGACGUGGCCGCACGUGCAGUGGCUCCGCGAGGCCGAGCUCAAGCACGGCCGCGUGUGCAUGCUGGCGUUUGUUGGCAUGGUGACCCAGUCUUUCUUCCAGAUACCGGGUGAGCCGCAGGAGCCGAACUACUGGAAAGCCCUGGACGCCUGCUACGCCGACCCCGUUGGCCGGCUCGGCGUGGUGCAGAUCUCCGUCUUCAUCGCGCUCAUGGAGGGGAAGUACUUCCCAGAGGAUCACGUGCUCCCCGGCUCCGUGCCCCUGCUGUCGGGCGCCCCGGCGCUGGCCCGCGAGGCCCGGCCCGUGGCCACCGCGCCCGCCCUCUGCGGCGCCACGGCGGCGGGCCCGGCCAGGGCGCCCCGGACGCAGGCCAGGUACACCACGCAGACCAUCCUGCCGGCGCUCGCGUGGAUCAAGACGGGCUUCAAGGAGAGCGACCUCGCCCCCACGGAGCUGAGGGCGGUCAACCUCGGCGGCGUCGACGUGCUGGUGGGCAAGACGGAGGCCGGCAAGCUGUUCUGCGUGGGCAACCUCUGCCCUCACCUCGGCACCCCUAUGAGCGAGGGCGCCGACGUCAUCGGCGACACGAUCGUGUGCCCGCUCCACGGCUCGUCGUGGAAGGUCGGGGAUGGCGAGCUGAUCGACUGGUGCCCGUCGCCGCCUAUCAUCGGCCCUCUCACCGGCCUCGUGAUCGAGAAGAAGAAGCUGGCCAUCUUCGAGGCCCGCAGCGGCUUCUUCGGCGGCGACAUUGAGGUUCAGGUCGACACCAACGCGAAGAAGGCCUACGAGGCGGACUACUGGAAGGGCAUCCUGGACGCUCAGGGCAAGAACGACGGCACUUACUAUUGA